AAAGGAGAGAGAGAGAGAGAGAGAACGUGAGAAAAAAGUGUUGAGGCAUAAAAUGAGAUGGGGUGAAAACACCAGAAGAGCAGAGAAUGAAAAACAGUGUAUUAAUUUCAAGGAAGAGCUUGGAAGAGUGGGAAGUGCUGAAAGAGGAGGAGAUAAAGGAGAAAAAGGAUUGGAGAAGAGCUGAGGGGGAGCAGAGAGAAGCACAGCUGGAAAAGAAGGCAAGCGAGCACAUAGGAGGAGAGGAAAAAGAAAGGAGGACAGACGUCAGAGCUGAAUAUGACUGACAGCCGGGAAUAAAGCUCAGGAUGUCGGUGAAGCUGAGGUUCGACUCGCCCUCAGAUGGGGGUUCAGUCCACAGGAGCCGCUCAUUUACUGGAUUCAGUUCCCUGAAUGGACGACGGCGGACCAUUUCUGUUCCUACCUCAGUUCAACCCAAAGGCAAGACUGGAGUUAAAUCUCCCAGAAUGCAUCUGUCUCCCAGCAGAGGGGGAGGAGUUAUUUGGCAGCCAGAACAGGUGGAUGAGAUUUUCCAGGCUCUCAGCAAAGGACUUAAGGAACACCUGGAUGGCCACCAGGCAGAGAUGCACUUCCUGUCUUCACAACAGAGAGAAGCCAAGAGGAACUCCAGGCUGGGCUUCCUUUAUGAUCUGGAGAAGGAGAUCAGAAUCCUGGAGCGGUAUAUACGACGACUAGAAUUCCAAAUUAGCAAGGUGGAUGACCUCUAUGAGUCUAUUGUUAUUCAGUGGCGGUUGUGUAAGGGAGCGGUCAACAUGAAGAGAGCCUUCUCUCUGUCUCCGUCCACCAGAGCCUCCAGAGAAAGUUUAUUGGAGCUCAACCGGAACCACAGACACAGUCUACAGGACAUGUUAGCUUUGGAAGGCGAGUUAGAAAUCCUGCUCGGGGAGUUACACAUCAGGAUGAAAGGGCUGAUCGGCUUCGCUCGGAUCUGCCCCAGAGACCAGUACGGGUGGUGGUGCGGCUGUGGCCGCCAGCGAUGGAGGAAAGGGAGGAUGGAAUCAGACAACACGCAGUCCUGGAAUGAAGAGGAGAUGAUCUUCCUCCCGCACAUUCACAACAACUUUGAGAUCAAGGUGAUGGAGUUGAAGGGUUUGAGCUGGCUGAUGGUUGGCAUGGUAACAUGUGCCAGUGCGGGUUUCUUUGUGGCGAGGCCCCAACUGAUGCUGGUGGAUGUGACGGAGCUGGGAACCCUUAAACUGCAGCUGGAGGUCACCUGGAAUCCGUUUGACAGCGCUGAUAAGAUCCAUACUCUGUCCGUCGGCAGGCCGUCUGUGCUCAACAGAAAGAGUUCCAUUUAUAGCUGGACGGUACCGAACAGCCCGUCUUUCACAGAGAAAUACUUUAUCUCUAUGGUGCGUGAUCUGGAGGAUCCACAAGGUUCCAUCCCAUCACUCACAUCUAAAGGUCUCAACAGCAGAGGAGGCAUGUCUCUGCUCAGGUACCUGUCCGACCCCUCCCAAACCUCCAUCACAUCCAAUCACAGCCCGCAGAGUGCAAACAUUCCAAGCUACGCCUCCAGCGGGAGUCAAAGCACCAGCCUGACUCAGCUGUCCCUGAGAGAGGAAGACGUCUCUGGGAAGACUAAACAGACCAGGGAGGACGAGUGGAGAGACGUGCUGGAGACUUCGUCCACAGCAGCAGAGAAUAGUUCCCUACUUGUCCUGCAGAGGUCAGAUACUCCCGACAUUCUGAGACAGAACUCACCUGGAGAUCCAGAUGCUGACGCACAUGUUACUGCUUCAGAACACGACACAGACAGCAUGCAGGAUGCACCAGACUGUGGGUUGGUUCCUGCACCAGCCCAGGCUGCAGCCGAUGUCCAGGCUUCACCUGCAGCGAUGGCUCUGAGCACAGACAGGAAGCUGGGGACGAGCGGGGUGCAACGCAGGGCCCAGGCCCUCAGGCUGGGAGGACUUAUAGCAGAACUGGAGAAACAGUUACAGAACCAGAGCUCCUCUGAGAAGGAGCUGAGAACCCUGCACAACCAGAUAAUCCACCUGGCAACCAUCCUGAAGAAUGAUCUCUCCCUGCUGAGAAGCUCCUCCUCAGAGGAGACCCUGGCCCUGGAAGAGGUCCUUGGCAGCUUUGACUUCUUGUCCAUUGACCUCAACGUAGACGACGACACUUCCUGUUUGGGCAGCGUGAGGCUAAAAGACAACGGCACACAUUCCUUCCAGCAGAGCACGCUGAGGAGUCUGACCCAUCUCUCCCAGAACAGCCAAUCAGCUUCUGAGGAGGAGCUUGUCAUCACCCCACUGACCUCUGGCAACUAUAGUCUCGACCAGACUUUGGAGACUCACCUGGACAUCUGCUGCAUGCUGCUACAGGCGGCAGCAGCGACAGACUUCAGUCCAUCCAGGAGGGAACUGUUGGAGGAAAUGAGUCUCCAGGCUGAAGUCCUGGACAGAGUCAGUGGCCUCCUGCUCGAGAAGAACGACAGCAUCUCUGCCAGCGACAUUCUCCCAAAGGUCCAGAGGACGAAGGAUCUCCUGUUGUUUUGGGAGGAGUGUCUUGGUGACGGCAGCUCUCCGUUCUGUUGCCAAGUCGACAGCUUCUGCAGGUCGCUCAGGAAACGGUACACGCACAAGGUCAAAGCCAAGGAGCCCGGCCAAUCAGAAAAAGUGUUUUCGUUGCUCCUGCAGGAGGUCCAGGCAGGCUGCCGGGCGGUGCCCAAUCCUCGGCCACUCUGCGCCCCGGACAAAGUCACCAUCUUCCAGCUGUCAGUGUAUCUGAGGCGCUGGGAUGUCCAGGACCUGGGAGAGCACAUCUCACAUGUCUCCAAAGAAGAGUACAUCCUAUCAGCUCUGAGGAGUCCCAAAAGGAGGAGGGCUUUAAAUAAACUCAGGGGUCGUGACUUCACAGAGCUCCUCCCACUGCAAAGCACACUGCAAACAUUGGCUGCCCUGCAGAUUGAUUCCAGUCACAAAGUGUGCAAAGCAGCAGCGAGCUGCUUCAGUAGAGCUGCAGGCUGCAAGACCUUCAGGAGCAAGGCUGUUGUUUUCUACACAGAGAGCUUAAAGCAUACAGACGUCCACAUCCAGCAGGCCUCAUGUGUGGCUCUCAAAAACCUUCGGGCCUUAGAGAGCGUCGACCAGAUCGCUGAAUUGUGGAGGUCCAUCGACGAGGAUCUUCGCAGUUCUGCCAAAGAGACUGUGAUCUCCUUUGGUAAAAAAGGAUACCAGGCCUUCCAGAGGAUGGAGCAGCUGCACACUGAGAUGGAGGAGGUGGCUUACCGGAACCAAGAGACAGAAAUUACCAUUCUAUAGGAGACAAGUGUGGACUCGAUACAGGCUUCCAGUUAGAUCAAAGCUGUGCCGUGUCAGUGAUCUUCAGUCGCAGAAUGAGAGACUAAACUCAAACCAUUGCAAUUCAUGAGCCGGCACUGAGGAAGGACGCCAGGACGAGGACACUUAGCUUCCAGGAAACCGAAUGACCUUCAUAAGAAAUGCCUCCAAAAGGGAUGACUGCAGAGGAAGAGCUAACGACGGCGAUGACAGAUUUCGCACCUGCACUAUUAAGGAAUUUUAAUUUUGUUCCAUGGCUUUGUGUCCCCGUUUGGACAGAGAAGGAACUGCACCUGUCGCUUGAAUGUAUUUUUCUCUUAAAGGAACGCUGCUCCUCUGGCAUUUACUUAAGCUCAUAAACAGACUUGGUUUUUUUUAGAUUG